CUCCCACCACUACUGCCCAGAUGCCCUAUAGUCGUAGAUCAGAGGGCAAGCUUGAUGAACCUUCCUCCGUGCUUAUCAACAAUUAUCCCUCACAGACGCAGUCACAAAACGAUUUGGACGCCCAAAUCAAUUCCCAAUAUACCUAUAAGUCUAUAGCAAUUCCAACUAAACGUAAAAUAUGGCAACGUAGCGCUAGUUGUAGAGAGUUAUAUGAUUAUAGUUUUGAGGAAUCAGGUCAGGCUAAGAAAAGAAGUACUAUAGGUAAUAAUGCUGUUGACAAAUCAUACAUGAACUUAGAAAAGCGAAAACUGGAAUCUCCCGUGACUAGAUACGAUGAACAUAGCCUCUUGUAUAGUAGCACUCACCAAAGCAGUCUGGAAAUGCAACAAGACAUCAUGGUGCCCGAUCAAAAGAUCUAUUCCAGCAGCUAUCCGGGGACGACGUCGUUCUCGCAGGAUUCAAUCGAAGAUCCUGGCAAUUACGAUUUGCGCGAUUCCCAAGACGACCUAUCGCACGACAGUUACGAGCUGCUCGAAAAGUCGGACGACGAUAUCAGUUUGGGCGUCGAGUACAAGAAAAGUAAAACCUUUAGUGCGCGUAGUUGCAGUUUAGAUUCUGGAAACUAUCUGCCGUCCGACGUCGAUUCGGAUCAGGACAACAAGCUUAAGUCGAAGAGCAGCUCAGAUUUGCUACAGAGUUUAGUCGUCGUGGAUGACCCUCGCGAUUAUCCCAGAGAGAAAAUACCUCGCAAGUCCGAUGGAACUUAUUAUAAAAUUAUAAAGCUGGGAUCUAGAGCGUCAAGUUUAGAAUCAAAAAGCGACUAUUACGAGAUAAAGGUAUCGAAAGGCAGUCGGAAAUCUAGUAGGGAAACCAGUUUCGGUUCGAGAACUUCGAGUCAAGAGUCGAAAAGCGAUUCUGAGAUUAAAAAGCUCGUUAGGAAGAAUAAGAGCAUGGAUAGUUUAAGUAAAAAGUGCGAGUUUAUAGAAUCGUGCACAUCGAGUUUGGAUUCUAAGAGUGACUAUUUCGAUGCCAUUUCGAAGGUGGAUGAAUCAAAGUUAAUUAAACUUCAACACGAAUAUGAUCGUAAAAUACCAUUUGAGCGCAACUACGGGAUUCAGAAGCAAAUUAGCGGCAAGAAAGAUGAUAAUGAAAGGUAUAAUGGUCUUUCCAAGGAUAUGUCACAUGUUCAAACAGUUAGUUUGCAAAAUGUUGAAAUUGAUAAUUUGCGUUCCAAAGUCGUGGACAAUUUUAAUGACGACGCUGCCGUGCCGACAUCGAAGGGGAGUGAAAAUGGACGCGUAAAGAGUCUAAAGGAAACCAGAAGUCUAAAGUCGACAGAUUCUGAGAGUAAUAUAUUUAGCUUUGAUGAGGAUAGAAUACAAUCCCUUCAAGAGAAUGAUAUGGAAAUGGGAGUUCAAACAAAUCAUAUCUCUGCGGAGCAGAUAAUAAAACCGUUUGAAUCCAAAAAAGAUAUCUUCAAGGACGUGUUUGUGGAAAUUGAGCCAAAACGGCUGGAAAAAAAUUGGGACGGACUUCUGCUGCAUCAACCGAUUGAAAGAACCAAAUCGGACCCAAAUUCUCUAGCGAGGCAGCGUUUAAAUCUCAGUUCAAGGAGGCACUUGCUGAUGCAUCAAAAAUCGAUAGACUUAACACCGGCGGAGUCGAGCGACGACGAUUAUUUGUAUAGGCAAAUCCCAAGCGCGCCGCCUAUUACGAAGUAUAGGGGAUCCCAUUUUGAAAUGCCCACUGCAGAAUUUGGCCAUUUUGACGUUCUCAAACGUGAGAUUGAGGGGCAAAAGACCAAGUUUGAAGUUCCUAAAAGUCAAUUUGAAGUGUUGGGCGCAAAAACGCAAUCCGAUUUGAUAAAUUUGCCCCCGAAAAACGAUAUUCCAUAUACGUUACACAAGCGUCACAUUAUGAAUGGAACCGCCUCCAAAGAGGAAACAAAUAAAUUUAAAGAAACGGCGAAACCAUCACGUAGAAGUCAAAAUGCGAGCGAGCCUCCUGUGGUCGUGGAGGAGACUAAACCGAAAAGUCCAGUGGCAGUUGAAUCUGAACCGUCCGCAUUUCUAUUUACGCAAAAUAUCGAUUUGUCUAAGGUCGAUCCAGUUACAUUGGAAGUCGACAAGUCUAAAGUGGUACACCAUAUGUUAAGUCCGAAGCGCGAUAUUACUAGAAUUGAUCCCGUUUUAUUGGAAACCUUAAAUUCGAAGCUUAGUCAAAUUGAAAGCGAUUCUCCUACAAGUUCGAAGACGGAGAGUUUAAAACCAGACGCGAAACAAAAGAAUCAAAAGCUUAUUGACGAUAUUAAGAUCGAACAAUCUGUGCAAACAACACCAAUAAUUCCUAAAAUUGAAACUAAAUUGGUACCAACUAAAACUAAAAUUAAGACGGACAUCAAACCUAAGCGCGUAACAAAGCCUCGCUCGCAAGUAAACAAAAAGGGCACAAAAUCGUCGAACAAAACCAAAAUACGAAUCACCUCCUUUAGCUCCGAUGAUGAAUCACUGGAUUCGGAUGACGUGUUUGGUUCCGCCGAGGCGACCCCUACAAAGUUGGAGUUUUCUCCACCACAAACUCGCAAGGAGAUGGAGUCAAUACUGAAGUACGAAGCCGAACGUAAAUAUCUGCAGUACACCAUGUCGUCGACGGAAGUCGAAGGAUCACCUCCACAAUCACGCAAGGUCGAUAUUCCCUACGAUCGCACUUUGGAUCCGAAUUACCAGACUGAGCUCCGACGAAUUUCCGAGCGUUCUAUUUCGAUACCUAGUUCUGAAGACGAUCUGAAUAUCGCCACUGCCGAUUUACAACCGGUGUUCAAUGAAACGUUGCCCGAUUCCGUAUUGCCUACUGUGCCAGAGGUCGAUAGGGAAACGGUAGAUAAGUCGUCCGAAAAUACUAUAUGCGAAGAUCUAAAUAGAGAAGAGGAAGAUACAAUAACGCAGGUAAUCGAAAAGGCGUUCAUGCUUCAAGAGCUGCCCGCUGAAAGUUAUCAGGAUAGCGAAGAGAAGGCUUUAUUAAAAUCGGACAUUGAGCGCGAUUUACAGGAUUUAAGAGUGCCGUCCAAGACGAAACUGACGGAGAUAGGUUCGCCGUCAUCUCGCCGGAAAGGUCAAAGUUCGUACCUUUUCGCGCACGCUCGAUUAAACCUAUCGGAAGGAUCUGCCAUGACAAUGCUGCAGAAGCAACAGGCAACCGAGUCUCCGGUUCCGGGGAGACGAGCGAAGAGUUUAGACACUCCCGUCAUUCCCGUAAAUAGAUUGCCUCCUUUAAACGCGUUUUCAAGUAAGGAUGAUACGGUGGAAGAAGAAGAUCACGUGGAAAUCAAAAAUGUUGAAGAAUCCGCGAAAAGUAAAGCGCCAGUAGAGGGCGGGCAACCAAAAGUUGAGUCAAAAACGAAGCCCGCUGUUAAAGCAAAGGUGAAAGUUGCAGAGAAGGAAAAAGACCAGAUCGUUCCCGAUGUUGCUUAUAGAUCUAAGAAAAGUUCUAAACAAGCUGCGCCGUCACGUACGCAGAGAAUUGACAGCAAGAAUAAGGUCGUCUCCGCUAAACGCCCCCCUCUAAAAGCCGAACCCAAGGAGAGAAGUCACAAACCGAUUUCCAAAAUUCCUCCGAAGGUUCCCGUUAGAACGGCUUCGAUAAAACCUCCCGUACCGACUAAGUUAAAACCGGAACCAGCCAAAGUAGAAGAAGAGGAGAUGAGCGAAGUCGCCCUUCAAAAACAGCUUACUGUGGAAACAUCAGAGGUUAAGGAAAUUAAACGUGCGAAAAGCCAAGAUAUCGAGUCCAGUAAGAAGACUAUACCAAAGGAAAAGGCGCGCUCGUUAGAUAAGUUGGAAUUUAAACGCGCCGGCAGCAGGGAGCGUAUUAAAUCGUUAGAAGAUAGUAGCGAUACGGACAUCGCGAAGCGGCAAGAAAAGCAACAGAUGCUGUACGAGAUAGCCAUUCAACAAACGAAGACCGUCAAAAGUCCCAUUAAAGACGUCCUACCCGUUUUCCCGCAGGUUGAGGAAUCGGUGAGGGAACGUCAUGGAAAAUUGGAAAUUAGCAUCAAUACCAUUGAACAAAACAACGUCUCCUUAGAAGAAGCAAUAAUUAUAACCAAGUCACCGAAGAGGCUCGAUAAAAAAAUGGACAAGAAACUCACGAAGAGUUUAGAAUUAAAUUUAACUGAUGAAACCGAAGACGGAGAAUCUGCCAAGAUGGUGCAGAGGUUAGGAAAAAGUCUGGAUUUGGAAAAUAGGCCCCGCGAUGAGGACCAAGUGUACACUUUUGACAAAUUUGAGGAGUCUCCCGACGAUAAAGCCGAGAAUGUACAGAAAUUAGUUAAAGCCGAAGUGCAUAGUCAACCCGGUGAAGAUGAACGGGUUACUCUCGAAGGUACGAGCUUGGACAUUUGGUUGUCGUUAGAGGAUAAAAAUAAAAGUAAAGUGGAAGCGUUAGGAAAUAUCGUAGUAAUUCAGAAGUCGAAGGAUUUUUUUGAGCAGCGUAGUAAACCGCCGGACCUAAGUAGGAUAGAGAAUAAAAGCUCAUCGGAUUCUCAAAGUAUAGAAAAAGUUAGUUUAGGUAAUUCGUUAGACAUUAAGUAUAUAGAUUCGUCGGGAGAUUCUUCGCACAAAUCCGAAAAAGACACAAAGCUUAUUUCGGAUUUGCAAAAGGCCUCGGAAACCGUCGGCCGAUUAAUUGCGAAGAAACUUGAAAAACGUAAACAACUCGAACUGCAGAGCAAAUCUGUGCCGGAACCGACCGAUAAUGCGUUGGUUAGAAUUACUAGCGAAGAUGAGUCACUGACUGAAGUGAGCGAUUUGAAGUGUGAACUGGAUGCGAACCUUUUAGGCGUUACUGACGCACAUAAGGAGGUUUUAUUGAAGUUGAGUAUCGAAAGGAGCCGAUCUGAAGAUACAGGUUCGUGGAUAACGGUGGAGUGCGAUGAAUACAUAGGUACCGAAGACUCGUUUGAGUUUGAGGGGCCUCUGGAGUCUCCGGAAAAAGUGGGAGAGCCUAAUGUCGAAAUCGUGGAAGAGCAAGUGGUCACCACGCAAACCGCCGAGGUAGAAGCUCCGGAAAAUCUCAACUUACUAACUACAAGUUCCAGAAUUAAUAAAAUCGAUUUAUUGAAGCGAAGCUCGGAUCAAUCGCGUUCAAGCGAUACGACCGGCUCUUGGACGAGCGGAGAAAAAGAUUUAAGUGGCGGUAAUCCCAAAGAAACUGGAGACGAAUCCAGUUUAAGCUGUACAAUGGGGCAGGCGAUCGGUCUGAGCCAAACCAUUGAGAAAUUCUCCUCGCGCGAUCAGCUAGAUAAAAACUCGCCCGAGUUGGAAGUACCGCGCAGUCCGAGAAGUCCGAGAAUCUGCGUCUUAGGUCGGGCGUUUACAAUUGACGAGGAGUCUAUAGUUAACAACUGUUCCGACGAGUCAAGCUCCGAGGGUGCAAACGAAAUUCCGCCCGAUAUUACUCCGAUCGAGGAGGUCGAAGAGUUGAAACCGGACGACGGCAUCAAGUAUAAGAAGAGUCCGUAUCCGUUUGAGGAGAAAUGGUCUAGCGAUUCCGAAUUGGGACAACGCAUUCAUCAAAAAAUUGUCAAAAAGUUGUCCUCCGCAGAUAAGAGCAUGUCGUCUAUUGACGAUUCGUACUGCGAUAAACGAACUAAAAAUGGGAAAGGGGUGGAUAAGCGCGCUUUACUGUACGUUGAGAGACUGUCAGCGGAGUCUCGAAGCUCUUUGGAUACCGAAUCAAGUUCGGGUAGCUUGGGCAUGGCCGUGCGUAAACAGAAGACUGGCGAGUUGCCACUUCAAGAAGCGAGCUCGACGUGGCGCCCGUUUCCAUUGGAGAGUUCGGGUUCUUCUAGUUUCGAAGAAGGUAUAUUGCCUCCAGAUCCGGAUUUGGAACGGGAAUACUUCGUGUCCGGAUUCAAAGUGGACGCAGACGUCAUCCCUUCCAAAGAAAAUGGAAGCAACGGAGACAUUUCCAAUUUUACAACAAACUUUGGUUAUCCUUGUUUAUUAGGUAAUAACUCGAACAUAUGCGUCAAUAUUACAUCGGCCGAGGUACUGCCCGGAUAUAGCGCUACUUUUUUAGGACGUACAUUGUCGCGAAUAUCGGAACGUAGCACAAAUUCUGAAAAAUCGAGCUUAGACGAAGACUCGACCAAAGCCAGUACGCAGCUAGACAGUCUCAAUGACGAAUCGCUAGCUUCGAGCGACCAUCAGGCUACCAUUAGUUCAGACACACCCAGCAACGCCCACGUUUCCGAAUCGGACAAGAUAAUGCCUGUCAAUACAAUUUCGAGCAGUAGGCCAAGCGAUAAACCUUCCGAGCAGUUCUGCCACUUAAAUAAUUUACUGCUGCAGAGGCAAAUUUCGGAUGACCGCAGAACGUCCGCCGAAAUGGCGGAACUGUCGAUUGACGACAUUGAAAUUAUCACGUCGGAAAGCGGAUUGAAACUGAGACACCAAGAUUCGGACGAUACGGUGAUUGAUGAAGAGUGGGUCGAUCCCGAACAUGUCAAAGCGAAAAAGGGUUCUAGCAGUCAGGAGAGUGACGAGUGGCCAUUGCCGGAGAUACCACAAACGGGAUCGAAGCCACUGUUCGCCUUGCACGAAACCGGAAGUUCGGACGCCUCGCAAAUUACAACGCAAGUCUAUAAACCACCACCUCAACCUGAGAUUCCGAAAGUAUUCGGACUUCGAGGAUCUUUAAAGAGUCAAGAUUCUGAGCCCUGGCCCAGUCCUCCUUCGAGCAUCCAAGAACCUUUAGUUACAGGUAAAGUGGAAACUCAUUACAUCACGCCUCCAGAAGAGCCAUGUAGGGUGUUAGUUGAAUCGAGCACGGUCAGUGCUUACGAUAACGAUUCCGAUUCCGAUAAUGAAAACAAAACUAUGGAUAUGGAUGGCGAUAAGAGCAACACGGCUUCGGAUCCCACCUAUGAAAAUGUGGCAACCGAUCAGAUGGAUCAGAUUAGCGAGUGCAUUUCGGACAGCUACAGCAUAGGCCCAAGUGGAGUUAAAAUUAUUCUCCAAAACAAGGCGGGUUUAUCGAGUUCUAAUUCCGAGGAAGACUUGAACAUAUCCAAUUUAAAUGAUGACGUCUUCGUAGAUGUCGUAGAGGUCUCCAAGAAUGAAUUGAGACCUCCUACGGUUUUAAGGCGAAGCACGAACUCGGACGAUUCAUCUCAUUCCGGUCAUAAAAGUGAUACCAGGAAGCAUAAAAGCUCACACAGUUCUUAUUCUGAAGAGGAGUGCACGAGUUCCAAGGGAACGAAUCUGGAAGAUGGUACGGUCAGAUUAGCGCUAAAACCUACGAAAUGUACGCAUAGCUCUCAUUCGGAAGAUACGUCUAUUGCGUUGAGUUUAUCCGAAUGGUCCAAUAGUACCAAUACGGUAAAAAUUCAAAAUGUAUCCACAAGUAAUAGUGGUGCCACCAAAAGUAGCUCGGGUUUAAAAAGUGACGAUAAUUCACUCGCCGACAUUGCGCAUUCGAUAUCCGAGUGGUCAAGCAGUAACAGUAAUACAUUAAAGCAGCACAAUUCAGGGCUACAGUUUCAAAAGCUGUCAUCAAGCGCUUCAACAGGUGAUAGUAGUACAUUGACCGAAUUUGUACCUACAAUUUCUGAUAUUUCCAGUUCGGAUACUUCUAAAACAUUGAUUCCGCAACAGUUUUUUAACGUACGACAAUCCGUGACGCGACUAGGAUCUAGUAUCGACGACCUUGACGUGCCCUAUGAUCAAAAGAAUAUCAAAAGUCCUCAAAACAUUCCGUCUGAAGAUGUAGUGAUACAAUCAAAUUUGACAUCGUCGAGAUUUACAGAUAAACAAAAAACGUUUACCAAAUCCACCGAACGUCCCGUUUUGAUUCCGAUACAGUUGCUAUCCGACACAGAAAAGAGCACGGAAAGCAGCUCCUUGGAACAAAAAACAGAGAAACAGAGGUUCAUGCAAAAAUCCUCAUCCUUAAAGGUGUCCGAUAGACCAAUCAAAGUUCCACUAUCCAAGUGUUCGCCGUACUAUUCCAGUAGUUUAAGUUCCGAGUCGACUCCAGUACCCUCCCUAAAAACAAUUUCGGCCAAUAAAACGGCCACAGUGCCUCUAACUCGAAGUCACAAGAAACCAAUCGCGAAAAGUAUAUUUCAAACAAAAAGUCCUCCUAGCGAAAACGAAUCGACCAGCUCCAUGGAAUCUCCGAAGAAUACGCCGGAUUGUAGGGAUCGAAGGGGGUACCGGCGGAGGAGGCAGGUGCCCCAGAAGAGACACAAAACCGAAAAAGACAAAGGAUUUUUUUACGUAGAACACGAGUCGUCGCUUCCCGAAUACAAUGACUGCAUACACUCCCAUAGCAUUAAAGAUCUUCCCAGUAAAUUCCAAUACGAAAACGUCAUUAACGACGAUGGAAUGAUCAUGAAUUCGGUAUACUCCGAGGCGCUGGAGGAGGGCUACUUUCCCGACGGAGAUUCGCAGUCGGGCUCCGACAUCUUUCGUAUGGAACGCGAGGAGGAACUUAGCGAUAGGUACGAGUUAGCGGAAGGUUUCGACGUCUCCUCGAUUCCUCCUCCUUUAAUCGAAGACGACUUCGAAGAUGACAGACCUCCGGAAAUUUGAUUUUAAAUUUCAUUAGGUACCCGUUGGAAAAUUGCGAUUAGUAGUCGACGUAAUUUUACAUUUUUUAUGAAGCCGUGUGUCAUACUCGUCGAGUAACAAAUAAGAAUUCUGAAAACUUGCUCAUUUUUUUAUAAUAUUGGUAUUCAUAAAUGGGAUUGAUUUGUCGAAAUUGCGGCUAUUUAUUUAACGUUCUGUUUACGCCAAGGUUAAGUGUUUGCCCAGGUUUGUCUAUUUCAUUAGUUAAAUUAAAAGUUUAAAACAUUUACUAUUUCGCGGUAAUAGAGAUCUUUUUUAUAACAUUGUUAUAUUUAUGUUGUAAAUUUCCUGUAACAUUCUUGAAUGAUCAGAAGCGCAUUCUGUCGAAUGGAGUUUAUUAUUAUUUACAGUCUUCUAGGGCGUUGGCAAAUUCUAGGAUCGUAUCGUAUUUGAAUUGCAUGUAAUCAUAAGUAUGGGAUUAAAUGCGCAGAAGUGAGGUAAUGUCAACAUAACCGCACAAGUACAACUGUACAUACAGUGUGUAAAUUUUAACUCUAACAUACAAAUCUCCUAUGUUCAAUUCUUAAAUAUACAAGUCAAUGCGUUUGUAUACCUGACAGUUAUGCAACCUACCUUGCACACAAAUUUGACAGCAAUGAUUUUAGAUAUUAGCACUGAGUGCAAGCAGGAAAUGGUUUUUAUUUAAUAAUUUAGUUGAAGACGUAGAAUGGACAAAAUGAAACCAUUUUUCUACACAAGGGACAUAGAGGUAUAGAAAAAGAUUAUUGUAGGUCUGACUUUUUAAUAAGCUAGAAAGAAACCCAAUAAGCAUUAGAUGAGUGUGAGAGAGACAUAACUUUACCAAUGUUGACACUGACAGGAGCAAUUAAAUGUGUCCAUUGUUACUAGCCUACUCAAAAGACGCAUGAAUGGCAUCAGCGCUUUUAGUUUGAUGUGUAUUCUAUCUCACUUUGCACUCAUAUAAUAUUUAUCGGGUAUCUUCCUUCUUACCAUAAGCAAAGAUAAUACACUAGAUAGACACCGUAAAUAGGCAAGUUGCUAAAUCGCUUAUUUAGUUCCGUAAAGAAGAUAUAGGGGCCUUUUGCAAUUAACCCUAUCAUCGGAAGCCGUAAUCGUACGUAUUCAACACACAAGCUGCAUUACAUUAUCUCUUCCUUGACCUACCCCACAUUCCUUUAUAUAUUUACAUAGAUUAAAUUACAUUUAAAGGUAAAGCAAAUGUCUGUGUAGGCGUUUCUGAGAAUUUCCGCCACGUUGCGAAUAUUACGCACUUUUAGCGGGCUGGAAUGUUAAAUCACAGUUACGAAUUCAACAAACUCAAUGCAUGUUUUUCCUUGUAAGUUGUAAGCAAAGAUUAGACUACCCUUUGUAUAAUAUGUACAUUAUACAGGGUGUAACAUCCCCCUCGGAUCGUAAUGCCUUCACCAUAAAAGAUAUCGGAAAAAAAUGUUUCUAAAAUAUUUCUGGUCACCAGUGGCGUGCUGUAUUUCACUAGCGUAUCAAACAUCCGUGUUUUUUUAAAUUGCAACACCCCAUAUUUUGUAGAGAAAUUCAAAAGUACUGUAGAGUACUUUUUUAUUUGUUAUGUAACAUAGUAUAGUACUUAACUUUACCCAUUUCGCUAUUAUAACCUUUUCUUCUCAAAAUUUGACAUUUUUUCGAAUGUAUACUUUCCAGAGAAACUAAAUCACGCCGGCACUUAAAUUUUGAGUUCAGGCACAUACCUGGUGAAUAUUUCAAAACCGAACAUAAACAAUUAACAUGUUAAAAAAUUAAAAUGUUUUUUGCAGAUUGUUGCUCCACUGCUCCAUGUAGGUUAACUUCCGACUUACGAGGGUUUAUUGAUGACCCCAUGCAAUCGAAAGAAGAUUUUUUUCUCAUCUAAUGAUAGGCGAAUUUGUUCAUUUGCAGGUGUAUUUCUCAUAAUUUCAUAAAAAAUUCAACAUAAUUAGCAAUUAGCAAAAUCAUGUUAAGCCAUGACUCAAUUGGAAAUUUUUGAAUAACAUUUGAAUCUGCUUUUUGUCUUACUAAUAGUGUUAAUAGUCAUGGCUUGCUUGAUUUUGGUAAUUGCAUUUAUUUCCAAAUUUUGAUGAAAUAAUGGGAAAUGCAACCGAAAAUUAACUAAUUCGUAUGUGAUUAGAUGAGAAAACAAUCUUUCUUUUGAUUGGUGUCACGAUAAGCCCUUUAAGUUAACAUGGGGAGCACAAUCUACAAAAAACAUUUAUCCCAUGUUAAUUGCCUAUGUUCGGCUCGGAUUUAUAAAAUAACGGCAUCGAAUUUUUUUUAAAUAACUUAUUUUUAUUAAAUUCUUUCAAAGACCUUCUGUCAGGUUUUAUCACAAAAAAACUGUCAAAGACAAAAAGCUAAAAUAUUUUUUUUUCAGCAAAACAGUUAUUUUUGUUUCGUUAAAAUUUUAGUAGUCCACAUUAGGCAUAAAAGAUGUAAGACUGUCAAAAACUUUUUUAGCUUCCUAGCACGAGCUAGGUAGCUAUUGCGAUAGCCGUUUUUUGGACAUGUCAAAAUUGUGUAAUUGUAAACAGGAACAGGUAGAUUGUCAGGCUGAAACUGAAACCUUCCAAUCUUUAUAAGAAAUACGGCAGAUUUUUCUGUAACUGUUGAGUGUGGAAUAUGUUAUUAAUUUAAAUUAGAGCAGAAAAAGAACAGUGAAAGAAUGCGAUACGCCUACAGAAGGCCGCGCUUGACUAACAAUAUAAAGAGCCAUUGUUCUAAUAUUGUCUGCAAAAUGCAGUGAAUAAUUGCUACUAUUGUGGUAAAAACCCAUGGACAAAAUUGAGCGUUUAAAAUUUAUACAGACGGUGUCUAUCUAGUGUAGUAUUAUCUUUGCUAUAAGUCAGAUCUUUUUCCAUACCUGUACAGGACAGUUCUACAGGCUACACGCCUAUAGCAUGGCGAGAGCUUUACAUGCGCAGCCGAAGAGUUUGCGCGGUUUACUUGAAUGUUUCCAGUGCUGUAGUCAUGUCGCGGUUUACAUUACCGUUGGUAAGACGUAUAGUUUUGUGGAAUUUGACAGCACAAUACGUCUAUUAGUAAGUAAAAUAACUGUUGGGUGAGGGCGCUUCACAAUUUGUAAAUCGCGAAUAACGAACAUGACACUCUGAAACUCAAUCAACAAGUUUUCCCCAGCAGUUGCCGAUCUUAUAUUAGCUCUGCGCCGUUAUUCGCCAUUCAUUUUAAGAGUGAUCCGCCGGUGUGAAAGGUGACAGAUAAAUAUGAUAGUUUGAUCCAUCACUGAGAGACAAUUUUGUCCUGGUUAAAUUUACAGUGACUAUAGAAGAAAAUGGCGACAAUAGGUGCAUCAUUUUUGAUUGGUUGGUGGUACACGGCCGCCAUUUUGUGGCAAACUGUAAUGUCAUGUACGUUUUCCCCAGCAGUUGCCGAUCUUAUAUUAGCUCUGCGCCGUUAUUCGCCAUUCAUUUUAAGAGUGAUCCGCCGGUGUGAAAGGUGACAGAUAAAUAUGAUAGUUUGAUCCAUCACUGAGAGACAAUUUUGUCCUGGUUAAAUUUACAGUGACUAUAGAAGAAAAUGGCGACAAUAGGUGCAUCAUUUUUGAUUGGUUGGUGGUACACGGCCGCCAUUUUGUGGCAAACUGUAAUGUCAUGUACCUAUUCUUGGUUGUUUCCUUAAGUCGUGUUUAUUUAUUAGUUUUGUAAUAUGUUGUGAAGUUCCAUGUGACAAAGAGGACCAAUUACUACUACGACACUGAUAAUAAUAGGUUUAAAUUGCCUGGUUGUGCCACAGUAGAUUGUAGUAAUUCAGUCAAGAAAUGCUUUUCAAUGAGACGAUUUCCGAAGGACCCAGUAAGACGAAAAGAAUGGGUAACCAAAAUGAAAUGAUAUCACUGGACACCAACAGAUAAUUCUUGUUUAUGUGAGAUAACGAUCGGAGUAUGAUAUAGUUCAUGUAUAUUAAGAUAAACAGGCGCAAUUUUCGCACUAAAUAGAAGUACGACCUGCAAACAACUGUAUCUUUGUUUUACCCCCGACCCUCCCGAGUAGAGGUUGCAAAACGCUCUAAACGAUCAAGUUCGGUCGACUUUCCCACGCGUCCGUCGACGGUAGGGCGACGGGCGUCGAAGACCUCGCUAAAUCGUUCGAUCGGUAGUAGCAAUGGGCGGUGCGUACAAAAGGCAGGUACGACCGCGACGAUUAGGCGAAGCGUUCAACCGUGCGCCCGCCUCCGUGCGUUUUUUCGGCUAUUAAGCAGGACAGGUCGCGUUCGUUAUCAGAAUUAACCGGACAAAUCGCCUAAGCCAUUCUACUUUAAAUGGUCGAAGAUUCAACAGGAUACCCGUAACUGGAAUGGCAUCGUCCAUAAACUUUUUACAAAACAAUGUGCCAGACAAAGAUGAUUAUACAAACAACGUGUGAAACAAGGAUGAUGAUAACUACCACAGCCUACGUUAGACGGCAUGCGAUUUUGGUUAUUGAUACCCUUCCAGUUACAGAUUAUACAGUUCAAUGGCUUCAGCUAAGGUCCGCUUAAAUUUGUUGGUGCAAACAACCAUUAAACCUACUGAGUAUUGCUGUCAGAACUGUGUCAAUACCAAUCGAAUUGAUGUUUAAUUAUAGUUCUUGUAGAUUUUCACUUGAUCUUUUUAUACUGUUGUUAGCUAUGCUUUACACUUUACAGUAACUGACAAUACAAACUUCAAAAUUGACAAUUCUAGAUCUUAGUCUGUUUUUUUUUUUGCUGUUGUUAGCUCUUAAGAGCUUACAUUCGAUAUCUAUAUUUUGUGGUUUGUUUAUUCUAGAUUAAUUUACGCUUCAUACUUUAUGACACUCUUUGUAUGUCUAUUAUCCGUACAAUCUUUGGCAAGCACUUGACUUUGUUUUGACUGUUAAUAUUUCUAAUUCUUUUGUGAGAGGAGCAAUCAAAAUUUCUUGUUAAUUCUCAUGAAAUUUAAUCAAAGUAAUUUACAUUAACCACUUUGUUGCAAUUAAAUUAAACAACUUUAUUGUUCGAGAGCGAAUCAAUGAGGAAUUCGAUAUAUUAGUAUUCCAAUCGAUGUUCCCUCGUUUUUGUAACCACACAAAACAUGUGCCAACCUUUAGUGGUAUGUGCCAAAAGCUACAUUUUACUUCUACCAAAUACACGACGAUUGAUUCAGUUGGUGAAGAAUGUGUAGAUGAGAUGAAUUUGAUACGCCAAAUUUUCGAAGUGCUUCUGUUUAGAAAUAAAUUUGUGAAUAUUUUUAGAAUUUUGAUUUUAUGCGGCUACAGGAAGACUGAAUGUAUUUGUAAAUAGAAUAAAGAAAUAACCCUGCGCUAUCAACUAAAUCAAAUUUAGAUAGAAUUAAUUGUCUUACUAUUCCAUUCUCGUUUUAACACAAUUUAAUGUCGUAUUGAUUUGCAUGGCAUCCGUAUGAUUUCCAUUUACUCCUUUACACAUGAAGCGGAGAGCCUGUAACGAGCGAACGCUGCACAUUUGCUUGUUUUGGGGUUGUAUUAAUCCAAAGUUAGCACAAUAAGAAAGUGCCAAAUUUGAUCGAAAUUCUCAUGCAAUUCAAUUACACAAGUAAAUUGAGACAGUAACAUUAUUAGACCAAUGUUUGAUAGAUUCUGUAUGUUCAAAUUUUUAAAGUGAAAAAUUUUAAAUGUGUUUUUAUUUAAAAUUUUAAUAUAGUAAUUAUAGCCAAAAUGAAGUGCUAAACAAUUUUUAGUGUAGUACCGUAAGAAAUUUUGUAUAAUUUUUAGACGAAUCAUGUUUCGCGUUUUGUAUGUAUUUGUUAUUUUAUCAAGUGUGUAUAUUGAGUAAGGUUCAAGUCUGAGUCAUUAUUAAAAUUUGAGAAAACUCCAAUUUUAAAUUAGCUACCGAAAGACACUUAAUUGCUUAAUAGAAUUUAGAGCUCUGCAAUCACACUUCUUUUAAGAUACCUGUAUUGGACGUGAGAUACUGAAUAUACAUUCUGUUGUUCUUUCAUGUUAGAUGGAAUCGAGUAUAGAGUAUACUCUUUAUGUCAAAGCAGGAUUUGCUACCAAUAGUGCAGAUAUGACAAUUGUUAUCUGUGAUUUUUUUUGCUCAUAUAUUUUAUAUUCCUACUACAUAGAGAAAAUGUGAUUAGCGUUGUGUGUUUUGUUAGUUACCAACCAACUCAAGUUUAAUUCUAAUUGUGUGUAACAAGAAGAGGUUUAUUGUGAUGAAGUUCAUUUAGUCAAUUAAGUUUCAGUGUAGACGGAGACCUAGAUCUUACCCUAUGAAAUGAUUUAAAGUACAAAUGAUUCGUUGAAGUUUUAUUAUAGUAAUUGUUUUGUGAUACUACAUUUAUAAGUAAUAAAAAUUACAACAAAUCAAUAAAACGAAUUGUUUGGCCUAAGCUAUGUAGAUUGCAAAUCUGAAAAACAUAGGUUGAGAAAUUUCAAAACGUAACAUGUCAAUAUUAAUAAAUAAAUAAUAUACUGUUAUUCCUUAGGUGUCACCUAAUAUUUUCCGCUCUGUGCAUUAAGUUAACAUCUUAUAUCCAUUUAUUAUUAUUCUAAAUAAAACAUACUAAUUACUAAUAUCGCAGUGCUUUUGUACCUUUAUUAAUGCUUAACCAGGAAAUAGGUGAGGGUUUGCUUUUUUGAUAUUGCUUUUGCUUGUGUUCUAUUUCCGUUCAGCCACUUUUGAUUAAGCCACUAUACUAACGUAUAAAUCCAC